UACAGCGCGAACAACGGCUGUAUUCAGUGAUUGUUUGAGUAUUUUUGUGAUAAAACUAACAUGAAAAUUUGCCGUGAUAAAACACCUGUGUGCAGAUGUUAAUGAUAAGAUGAUAAAGUUAAUUAAAUUCAAAAUAUAGAUAACUUAAUUUUUUUAUGCAGGUGUUUAUAUAAAUGUUAGCAGUGGUGAUCAUAUUAUGUUAUAAAAAUAUAUUAACCUCAAACUCUUCGUCAGUGAAGUGAAUAUAGAUUUAAAAAGGUUCUUUAGAGCUAAAAAUUAAGCUAUUAAACUAGAGAUUUUAUAUAUUAUAACACUUAUACAAUCUAUUGUUAGUAAUAUAAAGAUCGGUUUCGUAUAUUUACCGAUAUCGUAAUAUAUUCAUACAGAUACCAAGUAUAUAGAUAUAUCACUACCAUUUUUACGCCUUUGCUUAUGUAGUAAAGCAAAAAAAAACUAAUAAAAAGUGACAAUAAAAGUGUCAAAAAAUGGUUCAACAACAUAACACGAUUCGCACCAGUAUAGAAGGAUUAAAGAGGAUGGCUUCAGUCAGCAUACGAAGCAAUAGACCCGACUUGGAGUCCCAACAGUUGAAGCCAGAUUCGUCAAGACACAGCUACUGGUGGACGCUGGCCGUCGACCUGCCUCUAUUUGCUUUAGUUCUCGCUUUCAUCGGUCUGUUCGAGCUGAAUAUCAUCCCGAGUCACAAGGCCGGCUUCUUCUGCCGGGACCCCUCGCUCGAUCAUGUCUUCACCGGAGAUACAGUUAGCAUGAAGGCGCUGUGUUUGACUAUACUCUUUCUGCCUAUUCCUGUGCUAUGGAUGACAGAAUGGAUAUUUUCUGAUGAGAAUACAAUAUCGUUGAAGUCGAGAGAAGCAUCUAUACGCUGCCUCAGACUACUGAGGGUUUAUAUGUAUGGAUUCCUCUUCAACAUCUCCAUCGUAGAGGCUUUGAAGGGCAUUGCUGGAUCCCCAAGGCCGACUUUCAAUGCCAUCUGCAAGCCUGAUGUUUGGGACACUUGUAAAGAUUCAGAAUACGUGACCACUUUCAAAUGCACGUCGUCAGACUUUUCAGCGUGGUUUAAAAAUGAUGCUUCACACAGUUUCCCAUCGGGACACACCUCACUGUCUGUCUACUGUGCAUUCUUUUUGUCUUGGUAUCUGCAAAAGCGAGCGUUCUGCUGGAGCCACCGCACAGUCUUUCUAGUGCCGUUCCUGCAGCUGACCUUCCUUUCUUUGGCAGCCCUGGCGUCUUUGACCAGGGUCACCGACCACAGGCACCACUGGUGGGAUGUACUUUUUGGCCUCGGAAUUGGACUGGUUACGACAUAUUAUGCGGUCGUAGUGAUCUGUAACAACUUCACACAUUCAUCGGAGUCAAACGAGUUGGGAUCAGAAAACAACCGCUUACCAGUCAAAACGUUGUUAUUCGACGGGAGAAGAGGGGAUACGACGCCAUAGAUAAUAGAAAAAUGUAUAAAAAUCCAAUUUUCAUUACAUUCACUUGCAUGUUUGCGGAUUUUAAAAUCACUAUUUUAUUAGAUGUUCGAAAGUUUCCAGUUUUUAUCACCAGAUCAAGUAGGUAUAAAAGUAUGGCCCAACCGCUUAUGCGCUUUAUAAAAUCGUAUUGUGAUUUAUUAAAAUCUCGUAAACAUGCGAGAAACAAAAUACUUGUUGGUUGUAAAAUAAUAAAUAUUUGCAAAUUAAUUAAGUAUACUUUGUAGAUGUGUUCCAGAAAAUGCUAUACCUACGAAUAAAAUAAACGUUUACACGUAGGCUAUAACAAUGGUUUUCUGAAUCUAUCGUAUAUGAUCACCGAUUCCACCUACAACUACAUAAUAGUAAAUUAUAAUGUAGGAUUUUACAUAAAAUGAAAAGUAGGUGGAUCUGUAAUUGUCGUCAAUGGAACUCUAUUUGACAAAUGCCUACCAGUUGGCUGAAAACGAACGGUUAUUGAAAGAUAUCUAUUGUAGUGGACUGUAUAAUAAAAAGGUCUUCUUCGAUUUUUUUAACACAAGAUUUAUAUUUCUAUUGUAGUUACAAAUUGAACUUAAAAGGACUGCACUUGACUGAACUUGAAAUACCGCUAUCUUUAUUCACAUUUUCGUAUUCACGUUAGUAUACUAGUGAGCGAAUCGGUAUUCUGACGCUCUGAUUGGUCGGUCGCUCGUGAGUGCUAAAGUCGGUGCGCUUGCGUCUCGCUCGUUGUCCAUUACAUCCAUGUUUAUACUACCUAGGUACUGUGUCAGCGUAACUGAUCUACUUCUAUGUUCUUGACAGAGCAGUUAGCUAAGCAUAUUGUUUGGUGACUCGGAAGUACUGUAGCUCCCUUUUUACAAGUUUUUAUUUAGUUUCAUCUGUCCCGUUGUCUGUCUGUAAUAAAAUCUUGCAAGUUAGAUCCUACUUCCAGUUGACCUACAGAGUUGAAAUUUUCCACCUCGCUUCAGAUUCCGUGACAAUGUAUUGUUAUGUCCAAGAUCACUCUGACGACAAAAGCUUGUGGAAAAUAUGUCAUUUUUGUAAAAUAACUUGUUGUCUCGAACAGAAUGCUUGGCGAGUCCACAUGGACAUAACUAUAAUGUCAACAUAUGUAUAAUGUGACAUGACAUAAAUUACAUAAGUAUAAUGUGCCUGUUAUUUGUUAACUUAUUUAGGCAAGUAUACAAUUGUUGUUGAGAUGUCAGUAUUAAUAAUUCUAUUUGGAAAUUGUGUUUAGAUUUUGUAAUAAUUUAUGAUAAUUUGAAAAAGCCAUAUUUUUAGUCAUUUUAGUCAUAAAUAUAUCUAAUUGAAAUUAUAUUUAUCAUAUAUAAAUGUAGGUACUUAAUAAUGGUUGGCGUUUGCGUGAAUGUGAUUAUAGUGUGGCAUAUUAGGUAGGUGAUGAUCAUCGUAUAAUAACAUUGCGAAAAUAAAUUAUAAUACUUAUACAUAUAUGUACUUAUGCUAUGUGUAGCUAUAACAUCUAUCUACCUCACAAUUUAUAAGUAUAUUGUAUAAUGUAUUAUAAUAAAUUUCAUCAAAAGACUGUAUGAAGACAAUAUGUAGGUAAUUUUUUUAUGUAAUUACAUUAGCCCUUUUAUAUUUACGUAUUUUAUUAUAAGACUGUUUGGAAAUAAUAAUAUAUUUCUCUUACCUGAAACACAACACAUAAAACAACAGACUAUGUAAAAAAUAUAAUUUGAGAAAAUACUUUAUUUCUAUAUUGAAAAAUAAUUUUAAAUAUAUAUACGAAACGACGAUUUUUACACUUUAGAUUAUACAAAAUCACUAACUUGACUAUACAUAUCGUUGUUUUUAAUCUCUGUAAAUAUUUAGAAUUCAUUAUU